AAAGGAGUGGCAUUUUGCUGGUUAUAUAAAGAAACGAUGACUUUAUGACAAACAGAGUCAAACAACAAGAACAGCACUAAUGGAAGGUUUGAAACUUGUGCAUGCUAGCCUGGAAGAAGCUCAGAACCAUGUGUGGCACAAGACAGAAGGGCUAAAAUCCUCUUCUCUCAUAGUAAGGAGGGGGCAGAAUUUUAGACUCACUCUGAGCUUUAACGGACCAUAUAUGUCAAACAAACACGAACUUGUGCUGAAAAUACAACUAGACGGCCUUUACUGUGAUGUUCCCAUCACGUCCUCAAAAAACACAUCUCAGUCCCAGUGGUCUGCCUACAUUCAGCAGGGCAGGCUAGACCCCAGUACCCCUCACAAUACUUCGGUGUGUGUGUACAGUCCGCCCACUGCUAUAGUCGGAGUGUAUCAGCUCCAUCUGUUGGUCAAGUCUAGCUACGGGUCUUACAACUGCAAAAUUGGAAAGUUCACCCUCCUCUGUAAUCCUUGGUGUGCAGCUGAUUCUGUUUACCUGCCUGAAGAAAAUCAGAGGGAAGAGUAUGUGAGAAAUGACUUCGGCCUACUGUACCAGGGCACAGCCAAAAACAUCAUCUUCAGGCCAUGGGGCUUUGAUCUGUAUGAGAGUGGUAUCCUGGAGAUCUGUAUGAUGGUGUUGCAGGUGAGCAAUGAACACAAGAAAAACUGGAAGAGCGAUUAUGUUAAUCGAUCUGACCCUGUUUACAUCAGCAGAGUCGUCUCAGCUAUGAUAAAUAAUAAUGAUGACUGUGGCGUGCUGCAAGGAAAGUGGUCAGAGGAUUACAGCAGUGGCCUUAACCCAUCAGAGUGGACAGACAGUGGAAGCAUUCUGAAACAGUGGGCCAAAUCUGGCUUCAGUCCUGUCAAAUAUGGACAGUGUUGGGUUUUUGCUGCUGUCAUGUGCACAGUAUUGAGAGUCCUGGGAAUCCCGACUCGAGUGGUCACCAACUAUAACUCAGCUCAUGACACUAAUGGGAACCUGGUGAUCGAGGAGUAUUACACUGAGAAAGGAGAAAAACUGACUCAAAAUCGUGACAGCAUCUGGAACUUUCAUGUGUGGGUGGAGUGUUGGAUGAAGAGGGGAGAUCUUGGAGCAGGAUUUGAUGGCUGGCAGGUGCUUGAUCCCACUCCACAGGAGAGAAGUGGAGGAGUAUACAGGUGUGGUCCUGCACCAGUAAAAGCCAUUCGGGAGUGUCAGAUCAACAUGGACUAUGAUGUGCCAUUUAUCUAUGCUGAAGUUAAUGCUGAUGUACGUGUUUGCAUUGUGCGCCAAAAACAAGUAUUAAGCUGCACCACUGAGACAGACAGAGUGGGUGUACUUAUAUGCACCAAGAGCCUGGGAUCCAACCGACCAGAGGAUAUCACUUCUACCUACAAAAACAAAAAAGCCCUACGGCCAUCUCUCCGCACAGCAAGUCCAAGAUCAGUAAAAGGUCUUUCUUUAGAACUAAACCACAUUAAAGCUCCUGUGGUUGGAGAAAAUAUCUGCUUCUCGGUCACUGUGACUAAUCAUAGCAGUGUUCUGAAGACAGUAAAAGAAUAUGUCAAUGCUCAGGCAAAGAGCUAUGACCGCAGUCCAUCUGACACCUUCUGGGAGGCUGAUAACAUCAUCCAGCUUGCUCCACAUAAAAGUGAAGUGCUUCAGCACCAGAUCCCAUACAGUCAGUAUUCAGCACUGGGGAAUGAGCAGCUAAUAAAUCUGGCAGCAGUUGUAAUAGAUUUGGCCACUCAGGAGAGAGUAUUGGCUUCUGAAGAGUUUAACAUUACUAGCCCAAUCAUUAACAUACAGGUUGCAGAUGAGGACACCAUCAUUGCCCACAGACCACAGGUUGCUAUGGUGACAUUCACCAAUCCGUUCUCUGUGGCAGUGAAAGGCAUGUUGACUGUAGCCGGUUCAGGCUUGCUGGAGGACAAAGUGCACAUCAAUGUGGCACUUCUGCAGCCCAGGGAGACCAUGAACACAAUGGUACAAUUUACACCAAAAAUAGUAGGAGUGAAAAUGCUGCAUGCAAGCUUGAGCUUGGAUAUCAACUGCAUCGUUAUCCGUGGCUUCAGAACCAUUACGGCCCGACCAGCAUGAAAGGGAAAAUCAAGAACCAAGUAGUAGAGUCACCGAUUGUAAGAUGGUCAUCUAAUGGAAUUGUAACUAUACAUUACGAAACUAACAAGAAAUUGUGCAGCUGUGAAAUUGUAUUGUUUCAUAUUUAUUUAUUUAUUUAUUUGUUGCCAUGUAUUAUUUUCACUUUACUGAUAAUGAACUGAUGUAAGUGUAUCUAUUGCCAGCAUUAGUUAAACUAUUAUUUCAGCUUUGUGUCACAUUUAUAUUUUGUUGUUGGUUGAUAUUUAAUCCUAAUAAA